GGACUAUUAUCAACGGUAAAAGAAUGAAUGAAGCAACGACCAAUCUAUAUCUGUUUAGUAGACACAUGUCCGGUCCAGAAUAUACAGACACCAUGACGAGAUCUGCUAAAAUUUCUUGUAUGGCAACCCAAAUAAUGUUGACAAGAGGUGAUGUACCCAAUGAUGGAGCGUUUCAACAAAAAAUGGCACCAUUUUGUUCUAUGCCAAAAUUACGAUGCAAUCCUUCAAUGAGAUUCCGUACUAUUGAUGGUGGUUGCAACAAUCUUAAUUUCCCACUACGAGGCAGAUCUCAUACAGCACAAGAGAGAUUUCUGCCCCCAGAGUAUGGCGACAAAUUUAAUCUAGGAUAUGUUCCAAGAGUCCACAGUAAGCUUGGCUGUCCACUGCCAAAUCCUAGGUUUAUUUCCAAUGUACUUUACACUAAGGGAUACAGUUUACCAAAAAGUCCAUUGUAUAAUGUUGCCUUGACCACAUUUGGACAGUUUUUGACACAUGAUGUUUCUUCAGUUCCAUUGAGCAGAGGUAACCCGGAUAUAGAAUGCUGUGAUGGAAAUAAUCCAAUCUCCAGACCUGAAUGUUUUUCAUUCAAAGUUCCAAAAGGUGAAUUCGAAACAACGUGUAUGAGUUUUACUAGAUCAGAAUCAGCGCCUUACAAACAAUGUGGACCAGGUACAAGAAAUCAGAUGAACCAGGCCACAUCCUAUGUAGAUUUAUCUGUUGCAUAUGGAAGUACUGAAGAAGAUACGUCCCGGGUGGUAGACAAAAGAACAGGAAAACUUAUCAGUGGUGGUCCAAAGGGCUGUCUCCUUCCUGACGGACCUUCCGAAAAUUGUAUGGGUAAUUCCGGAUGUUUCUUUUCAGGGGAUACAAGACAUUCAGAAAUUCCAGAGCUUACCACAUAUCAUAUCCUUUUUCAUCGAGAACAUAACAGAAUAGUAGACAUUCUUUGUAAACUAAAUCCUCAUUGGACACCCGAUCGCCUAUUCCAAGAAACCAGGAAAAUAUUAAUAGGAAUAUAUCAAGACAUCGUCUACAGUGAAUAUCUACCAAUUGUAUUAGGAAGAGACAGAAUGAAGAAGCUUGGCAUACUCCCAACAGUUAGAGGCUAUAAUACACGUUAUGAAAAAAAUAUUGAUGCAACCAUUCGUAAUUCGUUUGCUGUAGCACCUCUACGUUUUGGACAUGCGCAGAUUAUUAAUCAUGUCGGAUCUGCUAACAAAGACCGCAGUUUAAGAGCCAAAAUUCCACUCGAACAAACUUUUUUCAUAACAACAGCUACUCGGGACGAAAAGGUAUUUGGGGUUGAUGGGAUUAGCAGAUGGAUGACAACCGAAUUAGGUAAUCGUGCAGACAGGUUUAUGGGAGAUGCAAUUAGAAACAAAUUAUUUGAAACAAGACCAGGAAAUGGAUUUGAUUUGGCAUCAAUUGACAUUCAACGUGGUAGAGAUCACGGAAUUCCAUCAUAUAAUGCUUUUAGAAAAUUCUGUGGUCUAAAACCAGCCGGCUUAAUUAAAUCUGGACCUUUUGGACUGCCUGAUCACGACCCACAAGCAGCAAAAUUACUUUCUACCAUUUACAAACAUCCAGACGAUAUAGAUUUAAUGGCUGGUGGUAUAUCGGAGGUGAAUAUGAAAGGUGCUUUGGUUGGACCAACUUUUGGUUGUUUGAUGGGACUACAAUUUGUAAACUCCAGAGUAGGAGAUAGAUUUUUCUAUGAAAACGAGUUCUCACCUACAGGAUUUACUCCAGCUCAGCUUGAUGUUAUAAAGAUGCAAACAUUGUCAUCGUUGUUUUGUAGAAACUUUAAGAUGGGUGUGAUGCAGCCAAAUGCUUUUGUAUCAUUACUUGCAGGACGUCAACCAGCAGUUCCAUGUGAAAAACUACCCCAGCUGGGUCCACUUGAGCUGUCAGCUUGGAAGGAGAUUCCUUUCAAGCAUUAACGACUGGCAUUGUUAUAUAGUGGGG